UGCUUUAUAUGUAAGAGCCACUACCAUCUCUGUUGAGGUUAACCCACUACAGACGCAAUUCAUCAGAGCAUAUCCCGUGAGGCUUCCCCGUUUCUUCUCCUUUUUUUCAUUCUUUGUUACUUUCUUCUUUAUUCUUUCACUUGCUUCGAAUGAUUCCAUUUCUCAUCCCAUCAACUCUACUAAAACAUGAGUAACACCAUGAGACCAAGAAUCAAAGUCAUGUUUCAUUUGGCUUAUGACAGAGGUUAAACUCAUAAAAACCCAAUCAUCUUGUACAUUUGAUCACUCUUUUUUUUCUAAGUUGUUUAGUUUUUUCAUUUUCAAAUGGAUGCGAUUAAUGUUAAACCCAAGAAAGGGCUGAUCGUCAAGACAUGGGAGCGAUGCAGAUCGAUCAAGAACAAGAGUCGACCAUGGGCCCUGCAACGUUCUCUGAAAAGCUGGUCAUGGCCUCGAGCUAUUGUUGCACCCGAAGGUUGCUUCUCAGUCUAUGUAGGACCACAGAAACAGAGGUUUGUGAUCAAGACAGAGUAUGCUAACCAUCCUCUGUUUAAGAUUUUGCUUGAAGAAGCUGAGUUAGAAUAUGGGUACAACAGUGAAGGUCCUCUUGCACUGCCUUGCAAUGUUGAUUUGUUCUAUAAGGUCUUGGUGGAAAUGGACUCCACCAGUGAGAUUCGUCAUGGUUGUGGCUUUUCUAUGGGUCGCUGUGGCUCCUAUCGUCUUCUCAGUCAGUCUCCGUUGGUUGCCAUGAAUAAUUAAGUUUCUAAUCCUUCAAAAGUUUAUUGAAAGGGAAGAGAAGCGUUUCAUCUACUAGAGAAAUCCUUGUGCUUGAUGUGUCAAUGUUUUUUUUUGUUGGAGAAUUUUUUCAUUUUGAGGGUGUAAUCAUUUCAUUUUGAGACAUGUAACAUAGUUUGUUGUGGAGUUGGAAUAGUAACACACCUCCAAUUGUAACAAAAUCAUCAACAAGAUCUUGUGAUUCCAAUAAUACCAACAGCCUUUCUUAAAAAA